AUGACAACACAGGAAGAGAUCUCAAACAUCUUUAAUAGUGAUGGGAAGUUAUUGCAAAUCGAAUAUGGUCUUGAGGCUGUGAAUAACUCCUUACCUAUUGUCACAGCUAAAUCCAAGAGCAUGAUAGUUUGUGCUUCGAAAAAGAUCCCACGAGACAAGCUCGAGGAGUCUGAGUCUUCAAGCUUCUUCAGAGUCUCCGGGAAAUGUUAUGUGGGGAUUACCGGGCUUUCUGGAGACGUCGAUUAUGUUAUAAAAAGGAUUAAGAUGGUUGCAAACCAAAAGACGUUUUCGUUUGGAAUGGAAGUGACACCGGAUAUCCUAUGCAGGUGCUUUGCUGAUAAGAUUCAGCAGUUGAUCCAGAGCUCGGAAGAAAGAUCUCCAGCAUUCAAUGCAUCUAUAUUUGGAUUUGACGGGAAAAAGCCUAUGAUAUACCAGACAGACAUGUCUGGGAUUUCGUAUCCCUGCUAUGCCACUGCAGCUGGAGAGAAACACGGAAAGAUGACCAAGUUCAUUGAGAAAAACCAUCAUGGAGAUAUGGAGGACAAAGAACUUUUCGAGCUAGCAAUUGGAGCUCUGCUGGAGUCGAUUGGAACCGACUCUGGAUACUCGGAAAUUGAAGUGGCUUAUCUAAGGGCAGGGCAGGAUCUAUGCCAUCUAUCUGGAAAAGAUAUUGAUAAGAUCCUCCAGGACAUAGCAGAGAAAUAA